UCUGAACUAGACCAUAAUGUUGGACUUCUCUACACGUAGAUCUACAGGAAACCACAUUGACAAUGAUCUGUUUCUUGUGGUGUUCAGUAGACUCUAUUCAUACUGUAGUCUACUUAAUUACAAUAUCACGAUUAGGGGCGACACUGUAUUUUGACAUUAGUGACAAGUCUAAAUCGAAGGUGUGCAGUACGGGUCUCUUGGAAAAACAAGAUAUCAUUCAUGUACAGAUCUUCGUUCCCAGCGUUACAGUAGACGCGACCAAUGAAACCAUAUUUACACUGAGCGCAGUCAAUAGAAAGAACAGUACAGUCACUAAGAAGUUGUGUGAGAUCCUGUUUAGGUCAACAUGUACUGCCAACAGCCAAGCCAACUGCUCCUGUGAGUACAACGAUAACCAAGGCUACCUGUUCCAGUUUAAGGACACGGCACAAUCAUUUUACAACAAAGUCAACUUCGCUGUGAACGGCAUGGAGAAUACAUCGUUCAAGCUUCCCAGAGUUUACAGUCGAGAGAUUGUGGUCUUAAAGCUCAAUAUGAACAGAGUGCCAUUGAUCUCAAACUGCUUCGUUCAGAGCCCACCAAAAAGCCCCGUAUUUGUGCACUUGUGUACCGCCGGUCUGAACAACCCAGAACUUCUGGUUUCGUACCAAGGGAUCAAUGAGACCAGAGUGUCCAAGAACUGUAUUCUAGUUGCUUAUUGUGUGUCAGAGGAGCAGAGUACCAUCUACAUCAUGUACCAAGACCAAUGUCAACGCAAUGUUGAAAUAAGUUGCUUGGUGAGAGGUAGCGAUCCCAAGAAGGAAGUGACUUCAGUACCACCAGAGGACAGCAAUCAAAAUGGGUCAAUGAUUGUGGUGCCACUCAUUGCGGCUCUUCUCCUGACCGUGUUGGCUUUCGUCUUGAUCUACUACAUUUACCCAAUGUCGAAGAAAAAAGAUAAACUACAAUCUGACGAUGACUACUUGUCAGUUCCGCCUCCAACACAACUGAUAUCUACAUCGGUGGAUCCGACCCCGGCACCAUCUCCUCUAAAGAGACUCACGCUUAGAUUAUCGGUCAAAACGACUUCGUCAGAUAACAACGCAUCCAAGCUAAAGAAAGACAGUGUGACUCCAAAUGGGACCGCUGUGUAGACGUUUGGUGGCUGGACAGCUGGACAGCUACUCUCAACUCCUUAAUCAGAGGCUACAAUUUUUACAAAGCUUAUAUCACUCUGUCUGUCUGGAAACAAAGUGUGUACACGUUAUUUCUCCCACACCCAAUCUCGGAUCAAGCUGAAAGUUUGAACAUUUAUUUCCUGUACCUGAAAAAACAAAUAAUCAAUUAAAAAAAAAUAACCAAUUAGUUAAUUAAUUAUUAAUAAUUAAUAGGCUUAAUUGGUAUCGAACAGUGGAAAUAAAUACUACUUGACAGAUGUAGUGGUAUAAGUUGAGUUAGUCCCCUUUAUACUUUGUCUAAAGAUUUAGGGUGUCACUUAAAAGUUUGAGUUAACGAUGGAUAGCUAUGAAACCUACUUUUUUCAUAAGCACUUCGCUGGCACGGUGGUUAGUGUGUUGGGUUGAGGAGACUUGAACCCUUGGGUUCGAAUUUAAGUCGAAAAAGUUUGUGUAAAAAUACAUUUAAAAAUCUUUCAUACAGAUAGCCUCUUCUAUCCUCUUCCCUAUCUCAACUGGUCCAGACAAGUGCUUCCCUAUCUCAACUGGUCCAGACAAGUGCUUCCCUAUCUCAACUGGUCCAGACAAGUGCUUCCCUAUCUCAACUGGUCCAGACAAGUGCUUCCCUAUCUCAACUGGUCCAGACAAGUGCUUCCCUAUCUCAACUGGUCCAGACAAGUGCUUCCCUAUCUCAACUGGUCCAGACAAGUGCUUCCCUAUCUCAACUGGUCCAGACAAGUGCUUCCCUAUCUCAACUGGUCCAGACAAGUGCUAGGAUCAUAGCGUAAUGAGAAAAACUAAACGCAUACAUGUACGCUAAACAAAAACAAUUGGUACAAAUAUUUCUAAUCGACCAAAUUUAUUAUUGUUAGUAUAGAUCUAUUACAAAUUCAGUUACAUGACUGAUCCAAACUAAUUUAUACAAGUAUGCUUAAUAUAAGCUAUGUUUGAUUGUUAAAGCAUUUUAUAUAUUUUUUGUUGUGAAUUCUUUAAAAGACUUUGAAAGGGAACAGACGAUAAUUAUGUUGAAAUUGAUGAACAUUAAAAAAAAUUUUUGAACCUUAUAAAACCAUUUUAAAAUCUUUUUGAUGCCUUAAAAAUACCAUUUGAAAAUGUAAUUGGUUCUUUGGAUGCCCGGAAACAAAUUUUAGAACAUGUUUGUUUUAAGUGUCCUCUAAGUGCAUACCAUUUGAUGUCAUGCAAAAAAAGUAUUUGAAUAUUAUUUUAAUAUCCUAUACAUUCACUGGAAUAUUUGUUAUUGCCCUAUUAGUUCUAUUUAUUUUAUAUGUUUUUGGUGUCUCAUAAAAACCAUAUUAAAAUUGAUAGCCCUUGAGAACUAUUGGUAUGCUAUUGGUGUGCUCUAUGUACCAUGGUAAAUAUGAUUUUGGUGUCCUAUAAAUAAAUGAUUUUGGUGUCCUAUAAAAAAAAAUGAUUUAGGUGUCCUAUAAAUAAAUGAUUUUGGUGUCCUAUAAAAAAAUGAUUUUGGUGUCCUAUAAAUAAAUGAUUUUGGUGUCCUAUAAAUAAAUGAUUUUGGUGUCCUAUAAAUAAAUGAUUUAGGUGUCCUAUAAAAAAAAUGAUUUUGGUGUCCUAUAAAUAAAUGAUUUUGGUGUCCUAUGAAUAAUUUGCUUAAAUAUUCUGUGCAGUCAAUGUGCAUCUAAAAAUAUUGAGCCCUCCACUCCUUUAUUUGUGUCGAAAAGUGGAGCCGGUAAUUAAACUUUUUAAAAUGAUAGUCUA